GGUAAAUUUUGUAAAAAUGUUGUAAAGGGUAUUUUUUAGAUACAUGCAAAUCUAAUGGCCAUUUUAGCCUUCUCCCUUUGGAUAGCCCCUAUGUGGCGGUGCGAGCAGUGUUCGUUGAGGCAGAGAUUCUUUGGAGUUGCACAGGGGAUGUAGCUCAGCAUUGUGGAAAUUUAUAAAGAAGAAUGGCAAGUAUCCUUGCAGCAAAUAUGAGUUCCAUUACAAGUUCUAAAACAGUUGAAAGGAUCAAAAGAUUUGAUAUUCAUGAUAAACUGCAAUUCAGGUCUAAUAUUGCACUGCCUCCUUUGGAGGCUUCAUCGAGUCGCAGGCAUCUUCUACUCAGUGUUGGCACUUCAUUGGUUACCAUGACCUGUGGUGGUUUAUCACCAUUAAUGGCAUCUGCUGAAGAGAAUUCAGCUGACAAAGAGGAUGAUGAUAAAGGAGUUGUUGGGGCCAUCAAAUCAUUAUUUGAUCCUAAUGAGAAAUCAAAGUCUGGGAAAGUGUUGCCAAAGGCUUACUUGAAGUCAGCAAGAGAAGUAGUGAAAACGCUACGUGAAUCGUUAAAUGAAGUCCCUGAUGACAAUGCCAAGUUUAGAAGAACUGCAGACGCAGCAAAGGAGUCAAUUCGGGAUUAUUUGGGUGGUUGGAGGGGAAAUCAGGAUGUUGCUCAAGAAGAAUCAUAUGAUAUGUUGGAGAAAGCAAUCAGAUCUUUGGCAAAGUUUUACUCAAGGGCAGGGCCAUCAGCCCCAUUGCCGGAGGAAGUGAAGACUGAAAUAUUAGAUUAUCUAAAUACUGCUGAGGAAUUUUUGUAGGACACCUUUCUUUAUGUUGUUGAAACAAUAGUACCAUUUCAAAUUCCCUGAAACAAUGGUAUGUGAGUAAGCAAAUUUAUUAUUGUAUUUAACUUGUGUAGCAAAGAAAUCAAACAAAAAAGAAGUGAAUUUAACUUUUA